AUGACUUCUCACCUCUCGUCAUAUGUGACUGUUCACUCGAGAACAUAUGCUCUUCCAAAACAGCCAACCGUGGCCGUAUGCAUCGAUGGCUUCGAUCCAGAAUACCUAGCGCAAGGGAUCGCUGAUGGUAUCCUUCCAAAUCUGGCCUAUUUCAUUCACCACGGAUUCCACACCACUGCAAAGAGUUGCAUGCCUUCAUUCACCAAUCCCAACAAUGUCUCUAUUAUUACUGGUGUCUCGGCCUCUAUCCACGGCAUAGCUGGAAAUUUUUACCUCGACCCAGUCAAUCACGAAGAGAAGAUGAUAGCCGAUGCAACUCUCCUCCGUGGCCCUACAAUCCUCCAACAGUUGUCAAAGCGCGGCGUCAGGGUAGUAGCAAUUACGGCGAAAGACAAGCUCCGCCGCAUCCUCUCGCACGGUCUGGAGAAUGCAAUCUGUUUCUCUGCCGAAUUCGCCGGCGAAGCUACUAUCGAGACUAAUGGCAUCACUGGUGUUGAAGAAUGGAUCGGCAGAAAAGCACCACUGCAAUAUUCUGGCGAUCUGUCACUGUACGUCCUAGAUGCAGGUGUCAAAUUCAUCGAAGAAGACCGUACCGAUUUCAUGUACCUCACGCUGUCGGAUUUCAUCCAGCAUAAACACGCGCCUGGUGAUAAAGAUGCGAACGAGUUCAUGUCUGCCCUAGACCAGCGCAUUGGCAGGCUGGCACAGCUCGGCGCCAUUGUUGCUGUCACCGGGGACCAUGGCAUGAGCGACAAGAGCCUCGAAGAUGGGACACCAAACGUUUUAUACCUGCAAGAGCGCCUGGAAGGGAGAUUUGGCCGAGGCAGCGCACGAGUAAUCUGUCCUAUCACGGACCCUUUCGUACGACAUCACGGCGCACUAGGCUCAUUUGUGCGGGUGUACGCCAAAUCUGCCUCUGAUGUGUCUUCAAUGCUGUCCUUUAUUAAGUCCCUUUCUGGAGUUGCUCUUGCGCUUUCAGCGGCAGAGGCUGCUGAAUCUUUAGAGUUACCACUUGAUCGCGAAGGAGAUAUUGUAGUCGUGGCAGUGAAGAACGCCGUCAUUGGAUCGAAAAAGGAAGAACAUGACCUAUCAAAUUUGGGAGAACACAGAUUGCGCUCCCAUGGUGGUUUAUCGGAACAAGAUGUGCCAAUACUGAUGUCCAUACCAUUGGGCAGCCAGCUAGCUGAAGGAAAAGCAACAUGGAGAAAUUUUGAUAUCUUUGAUUUAGUUCUAAAUUCGCAGACCUAAUUAGCGUACUGCCUAGGAAUAUUUUCUUAUAGAGCAAUGAACAAUUGAUAAGGG